AUGUUUUUGUGGCUUAAACUCUUAGCAUUUGGUGUUGCAUUUCUGAGACAGGAUGCUUUUGUCAAAGGAGAUGAGUCAACAGUGACUACACCUGGUGUCUCUCCUGCAGACAGCACAUACCCCUCCACGCACACAGGCUCCAUCCCUGCCAUGGGACCCAGCAACCCACCACACAGCAGCACUACUGCCCUCACCACACGCACUCCCACUGCCUUCAAGAAUGCUUCAUCAGAUGAUUACAAUUCAACAUCCUUGCACAGCACCAUCUCACCAGUCAGCAUGCCAGCAAACACUGGAAUCAUCCCCACUCACACAAUAGAAACUCCCACAGUGACAACUGAAGAACCUUGUGAUGCUGAUAUUGUCUACAACAUAAGUGUAAAAGACGAGAAUAACUUGGCUGAAGUUACACUGAAUAAUCUCAGAAGAAACGCAGAAUAUGUUAUUUUGGAGGCAAACAAGACUUUUAGUGUGGAUUCCAGCACCCAUACCAUAAUACUUCAGACAUGCAUGAGAUACACAAUUAGCGUAAAAAAUUGCAUAUACAAUAUUUUUACUAUUCCGCCUGCCCGCCACAAGAAUCCUAUCGAAGUUGAGAAUAUAACCAACACAUCUGCAAUUUUAUGUUGGGAAAAAUCAUUAGCCUGUGCUAAUGUGACUGUUAGCUGCAAGGAUUUCCGAGACUUUACAGUAUUAAAUGAGAUUUGUACAGAACUGAACCCUUUAUCACCCAACAAGGAGUACAACUGCAAUGGUAUCAUACAGUUUUUUGAAAAGAGGGUUGUCAGUCAAAGCUUCAUCAUAAUAACAGAUUAUGGUGCUCCAGAAGCACCAGAAAACCUUACAGUAGUUUCUCAUGCACGAAACGUGUCAGUUAGCUGGAAGAAACCUAGCGACAUUUCAAAGGGUCCUAUACAUGGAUAUGUGGUGAAAUGCAUGGAAAAAGGUAAGUAUAUCUGCAAGGAAGAAUUUGUCAACACGACUAACUUUAUUUGCCAUGAAUUAGAGCCUUACACCAGGGGUUUUGUAUAUGUGACUCCAUAUACAAACAGCAAAUAUAAUGGUAGAAAAUUUAUGGGAAAAGAGGGAAGACUUGACUUUACAACAAAAUCUGCAGAACCACAGCCAGUGAUUAAGGUUAAUGCAACACUGACAGCUGAUAAUGCUGUCCAAAUUAAGUGCAAAAGUCAACGAGUGUAUGGAGCAAAAACAAUAUUUGAAUUGAAUUGGGAAAACGAUGGGACAAACUACUCCAGAGAGAAUGACUGUGAUUUUAAGAAAGAAAAUCUCUUGUACUUGACAGACUAUACAUUUACGAUCGUAGUAUUUAAUGGAGAAUAUAGAGGGCAGCCAGUAAAGAAGAGUAUAAGAACCAGAUAUAAUUCUAAAGCCCUGAUUAUAUUCUUGGCAUUCUUGAUCAUUGUGACAUCAAUCGCUUUACUACUGGUUCUGUACAAAAUCUAUGAUCUUCACAAAAAAAAGCUUAGCAACUCUUCUGAAGGUGUGAACCUUGUUGCAGUUAAAGAUGAUGACAGGCAACUUCUGAACAUAGAGCCAAUACCUUCGGAAUAUUUGCUGGACACGUACAAGAGGAAGAUUGCUGAUGAAGGAAGACUUUUCUUGGAUGAAUUUCAGAGUAUUCCUAGAGUUUUCACUAAAUUUUCAAUAAAAGAGGCCAAAAAAAGCCAUAAUCAGAACAAAAACCGUUACAUUGAUAUCCUUCCAUAUGAUCAUAACCGUGUUGAGCUCUCAGAGAUCCCAGGCGACCCAGGGUCAGACUAUAUCAAUGCAAGUUAUAUUGAUGGCUUCAAAGAACCAAGAAAAUACAUUGCUGCCCAAGGUCCCAAGGAUGAAACCACAGAUGAUUUCUGGAGAAUGAUCUGGGAACAGAAGGCAACAAUUAUUGUCAUGGUGACUCGCUGUGAGGAAGGAAAGAGGAACAAAUGUGCUCAGUACUGGCCGUCAAUGGAGAAUGGCUCUGCAACAUAUGGGGACAUCAUUGUGAAGAUCAAUGAAAGUAAAACAUGUCCAGACUAUGUCAUUCAGAAACUACACAUCACAAAU